AUGUACGGGCAGUAUUAUCAGCAAGACGCCAACAACGCCUACCACCAGGCACACAGCAAGGGGCAGGACGGCUACUGGAACCACUUCCAUAACCGCAGCGGCUCCGGUGGCUUCGCCGAGAACCCCUUUACUUCCAGAAGUCCGUUCAGCAUGUACGCGCAGGCUCAGCGCGCCCGCUUCAUGCCGCCUGGCUCGCUGCUCAUCCAAGGGCUGGUCAUCUACCUUGUCUUGUCCACCAUGUUCCUCUUCGCGUAUCGGUCGUACCGCGACUGGCGGCACGACGACGGCUGGCGCAUGUCGGAGAGCUUGGCGCGACAUGAGCAGAUGGAAGAACUGCACCGCAUUCGGCAAGAGAUGAAUGAGCGCGCGCGCGCCAUGCAGCACCUCGGCCACGAAGACGCGGCCGCUGCGUCGUACCGCAGUCGGCAGUACGUUGGGGAGUCGCCCACUGCUCGCGCGUACGAGUACGCCCGUCAGCGCCGGAUUCAAAUGAUGCAGGAACAACAAGAGACUGCCGCGAGCCUGCCAGAGCUGCGCGGGUGGCCUAUGAUUGGGGAGGACAAGGGGCGCAUCAUCAAGCGUGCGCAGGAUCCGGCUGGCGUUGUAGUCUUUGAGCCUCGCAAGGAGGACAGUCGGCGUCGCCAGAUCGAGAAUCAUCUCAGGGGCAGCGGGCUUGCGCGCACCUCUUCGAGUGAGUCGCCGUCGCCACAGCUGAACGGGGCUGCUCAAGGUCCUCUGUGUGACAAGGCAACUGCAUCGUCGAUUGCCGCAGACAGCAGCGUCACGCUACCCCCCGAAGCAAACGUCAGCUCAGUUGUGGCGAGGCCGGUGGGUAGUGAGCAGGAGGCGCAGGCCGUCAUGCGCGGCAUCUUCGGUGAUCUUCGCAAGAUCGUCUCGUAG